GAAAUCAGAAUCAACUCGUUCGCUGAGUAUUCAACAAGCACUUCUCCUUCAACAACCCAACUUCAACACCCACCCCAAACAAACAACAUGAAGUUCGCCGUUGCCGUAGUCAUGUUCGUGUGCGCCCUGGCUGGAGCUCAUGCCUCGUGGGCCCAGAUCGCUCCCGGCGUCUCCUAUGUGAGCCCCGUGGCCCAUGGAGCUGGUCUGUGGAAUGGUGCCUGGAAUGGUGCCUGGAACGGUGCCUGGAACGGCGCCUGGAACGGUGCUCCCUGGGGCGCCCCUGCCGCCGUUGCCGUCCACGCCAGCGCAGCUCCCUGGGGUCUGACCGGUGCCGGCUGGCACGGCGCUGCUAUUCCCGGAAUCAACCUGGCCCAGGGACCUGGUCUCGCCGCCGGCCAUGGCCAUGAGGGCGUCUAUGUGGCCAAGACCCGUGGUGCCAUCCACACCGCUCCCCUCGCCGGACACAUCAACUCCGCCACCUCCGUGAACGUGGCCCCUGCCCCCGGAACUCUGUAAGUCGGGAGUGACGGACAAACCAUACCCAAACCGAUGCCAAACGGAGCGGAUGGAUGGCAGUGUAACUGAUCUCCAACUGCUUCAGCGACUUUCCACGACUACUCCAACCGGAUGAAUACCCAUCUCUCUCUGUACACUUAUUGUUAAGCACACCGCUCUUAGUCCCCCCGAUACGAACACGAUCCUGAUCUUGGGUCCAUGUCCACAUCCUCUGGACAUUUCCCAACGCACUCAGCAAUAUAUAAGUCCAACAGCAAUUACAACAACUACAACAAACCAACAAA